AUGUCAAAAAUAAAAUUGCUGCUUGAUAAUGUUGAUGACAAAUUAUCAGAAUCAGAUAAAAGAGGAAUAAAAAGACUUAUUAAUAAAGUUAUUGGAAAUCAGACUUAUUCUAAAAAAGCUGAAUUAAUAUUUAAACAAUUGUUAGAAGACAAAUGUAGUGAAUAUAAUUAUGAACCAGUUCAACUGUAUUGUAAGGUCUGUAAAAGAUAUAAUGACUUUGAUGAAAAUGAUAAUUAUUUUUCUUGUAAUCAUUUAAGAAGACCAAUAGAUAUUGUGAAAGUUUUUGAAUUUGCACAAUAUUUAAAAGAAUUCUGCAAAGAUAGGCAAUAUCAUUAUGAAGUAGUUAGUCAUUUAUUCGAUAACAAAGAU